AUGCUAAACAGGAAGCAAUCAAAAGACCAUAAAUUAGAGAAGAAAUAUCCCAGUACAUGGACAAUUGACAUGAAAGCUGCCCUGGCAAAGAAGAGACUACCAAGAUAUACUAUAUCCGAGAGCAGUAUGGACAUGAGCGAGACAUCUCUAGCAGUUCCCAGUGACCUAGAACAAUCCAAAUCUGAAGAAAAUGUUACAGAAAGUCUGGAAAAUCUGGAGUUGGAACUAUCUGCCUCACAAUCGGUCAUAUCUCUGGAAACUCAAGAUCUAAACACCAUUCUCUCCCCUACAUCGUUUCGUCAUUCGAGCAGCGUUAGUACUAUUGGCAGCUCUCAUCUAACUAUAGAUGAUUCUGAGACAUCGGGUUAUACGACCGAAAGUAUUUACAGAAGUUCUCCUGAAAGCAGUUACACCUUAACCGGCAGCUCUUAUAAUAGUUUCCAAAUCAAUUUUGGGCCACCGCUAGGGAACUUCUUACGUGAAAUUCACAUAGGCAUUAAUGCCAAUGCCACAUGUGAACAGAUCGAGGGCAUCUGCUGGGAUCUACGUCGUUUAUUGACCAAUGAGAUUGCUUUCAUUCAUCAAGCAGGUGAUUUUAGGCCCGCCAUCUAUUUGAUUGCCUAUCACUAUAUGUAGAGGAGAAAAAGAUAGCCCAGAAGGUGAAGGACAAUGAUUGCCAACUAAAUUUAAUUCAAAUCAAAAUUU